AUGUUCGCCCUUCUGGUUCUCGUAGCCGUUUGGCUCGAUCUCGCAGCCGCGGAUUUCCCCGACUGCGUGAAUGGUCCUCUAGCAUCGAACCUUGUUUGCGACACCACAGCGAACUACACUGCGCGUGCUGCAGCACUAGUUGCGAAUCUCACUCUCGAUGAAGUCGCUGCCAACCUCGACAACUCCGCACCAGGCGUCCCUCGCCUAGGCCUACCCUCAUACCCGUGGUGGUCAGAGGCUCUGCAUGGCGUGGCCGCGAGUCCGGGCGUCACCUACGCACCCGCCGGCGAACCCUUCAGCUUCGCGAGCUCCUUCCCACAACCGAUCCUCAUGGGCGCCGCGUUCGACGACGACCUCAUCAACGCCGUAGCUACCGUCAUCAGCACCGAAGCACGAGCAUUCAACAACGCGAAUCGCUCCGGGCUCGAUUUCUUCACGCCGAACAUCAACCCUUUCAAGGAUCCGCGAUGGGGUCGCGGUCAAGAGACGCCCGGCGAGGAUCCGACGCACAUCGCUCGAUAUGUCUAUUCUCUUAUCACCGGACUUCAAGGCGGGCUGGGUCCAGAUCCAUACUACAAGAUCGUAGCCGAUUGCAAGCACUUUGCCGGAUAUGAUCUCGAAGACUGGGAGGGAAACGUACGAUACGGCUUCGAUGCUAUCAUAACCCAGCAAGACUUGUCCGAAUUCUACACUCCGAGUUUCAAGUCGUGCGUGCGUGAUGCGAAGGUUGGAUCUGUCAUGUGCAGCUACAACGCCGUGAACGGAAUCCCGUCCUGCGCAUCGUCUUUCCUCCUUCAAGAUCUUAUCAGAGACUUCUUUGGGCUCGCCGACCAUGAUGGUUGGAUCACCAGCGAUUGCGACGCUGUUGAUAACGUCUUCGAUCCGCACGCGUACACCACAACGCUGGUGAACGCCACUGCUGUCAGCAUUAAGGCCGGAACGGACGUGGAUUGUGGUACCUCGUAUGGAACAUCGCUUGUAGAAGCUGUCAAUAGCUCUCUCGUCGACGAGGCAUCCGUGCGUACAGCGUUGACGCGUUUGUACGGCUCUCUCGUGCGCUUGGGCUACUUCGACCCGCCCGACAAUCAACCCUUCCGCUCUAUCAGCUGGGACGACGUCAACACCCCCGACGCCCAAGACCUCGCGUUCACUGCAGCAGCAGAAGGCAUCGUACUCCUCAAGAACGACGGCCUACUCCCGCUCUCCAACACUUCCAUGCCCAACAUCGCGCUCAUCGGACCCUGGGCGAACGCAACGACGCAGAUGCAAGGCAACUACAAUGGACCUCCGCCUUUCUUCAUCACUCCUCUACAGGGCCUUCAAGACGCCGGCUUCAAUGUCACGUUCUCGCAGGGCACUGACAUCAAUGGACCGUUGACGGAUGGGUUCCCACCCGCUAUGGCUAUUGCGCAGGAUGCGGACGUAAUCAUCUUCGCGGGUGGCAUCGACAACUCGAUAGAGGCAGAGGCCAUGGAUAGGAACAACAUCACCUGGCCCGGAAACCAGCUGCAGCUGAUCGAGCAGCUCGCCGGCAUGGGCGUGCCGCUGGUCGUGCUUCAGAUGGGUGGCGGACAGAUCGACUCAUCCGAGUUGAAAGCCAAUGACUCUGUCAACGCACUCAUCUGGGGCGGAUACCCCGGUCAAGCCGGAGGCGCCGCUCUCGCCGCCAUCAUCUCCGGCGCCGUCGCACCCGCCGGCCGCCUCCCAACCACACAGUACCCUGCCGCCUACGUCGACGAAGUUCCCAUGACCGACAUGAACCUUCGCCCUUCAUCUACCAACCCCGGACGCACAUACAAGUGGUACACCGGCACGCCCGUCUUCGAGUUCGGCACCGGUCUCCACUACACGAACUUCACCAUGUCCUGGGGCGCACCGGUUCCUUCCUCGUUCGCCAUCUCAGAUCUAAUGACUGCGGCCGCUGAGGCCGCGCAUCCCGAUAUCGCGACACUCUUCAACUUCACUGUGAAUGUUGCCAACACCGGCUCGGUGGAUAGCGAUUAUGUCGCGCUGCUGUUCAGCAACACGACGGCUGGACCUCAGCCUGCACCGCUCAAGACGCUCGUGUCGUACGCGCGCGCACAUGGCGUUGUCGCAGGCGGGAGCAGCAAUGUUACGCUGAGUGUUCCACUCGGUCAGAUCGCGAGAGCGGACGAGGACGGGAACAGCGUUCUGUACCCUGGCACCUACAAUCUUUGGAUCGAUACGGAUGCACGGCUUACAGCAAGCUUCGAGGUAACGGGAGACGAGACGAGGUUAUUGACCUGGCCCCAACCUUCAUGA